AGCCAUGGAGAUAUGGUUGAAUCAAUCAUCCACAGAUGACUUUGUCCUCUUGGGCAUCUUUUCCUACAGUUCCACUGACCUUGUUCUUUUCUCAGCAGUCAUGAUGGUCUUCAUAGUGGCCCUCUGUGGGAAUGUCCUCCUCAUCCGCCUCAUCUACAUGGAUUCUCGACUUCAUACACCCAUGUACUUCUUCCUUAGUCAGCUCUCCCUCAUGGACCUGAUGUUGGUCUGCACCAAUGUGCCUAAGAUGGCAGUCAACUUCCUGUCUGGCAGGAAGUCCAUCUCCUUUGUAGGUUGUGGCAUACAAAUGGGUCUUUUUGUCUCACUCAUGGGAUCUGAAGGGCUCUUGCUGGGACUUAUGGCUUAUGACCGGUAUGUGGCCAUUAGCCAUCCACUUCACUAUCCUAUCCUCAUGAGUCAGAGGGCCUGUCUCAAGAUUGUUGGGAGCUCCUGGGCCUUUGGGAUAAUAGAUGGUUUGAUCCAGAUGGUGGUAGUAAUGACAUUUCCUUUCUGUGGCUUGAGGGAGGUGGACCACUUCUUUUGUGAUAUGUUAUCCUUAAUGAAGCUGGCCUGUGCAGACACAUCUAUUUUUGAGAACUUUGCUUUUGCUUGCUGCAUCAUCAUGCUGUUUCUUCCCUUCUCCAUUAUUGUGGCCUCCUAUGCUCGCAUCCUGAGAACUGUGCUCCACAUGUGCUCUACUCAAGCUGGUAAAAAGGCUCUGGCCACAUGUUCCUCCCACCUGACAGCUGUGUUCCUCUUCUAUGGGGCAGCCAUGUUCAUCUACCUGAGACCUAGGAGCUACCGGGCCCCAAGCCAUGACAAGGUGGUAUCUGUCUUCUACACAGUCCUUACUCCUAUGCUCAACCCCCUCAUUUAUAGCUUGAGAAACCAGGAGGUGAUGGGAGCCCUGAAGAAAGGGCUGGACCAUUGCAGAAUUGGCAACCAAACCUGAACUUCAGGCCAGAUAUUGUGACUCUGUGAUGUUGGAUAAAUAAACUCUAUGUGAGGCUCAAUUAUCUUAUUAAUAAGAGAAUCAUGAAACCUGAAGCCUCAGAGAGGUCUUUU